UAGAUUAACCAAGGCCCCAAUGAAACUCCCCCAUUUGUCUUGUUACAAAGAAUAAAUGAGAAGAAAGCUAUCAUGGAGUAACUCUCUAUAAAAGCAAAAAUCCCCACUUACUUUUCAUGAAAAACAAGGCUUAAGUUUUUUCAUUACAUUUAUUUCUUCAUAAUAUCCUUCCUUUGUAGCCAUGGCUAUGGCUACUCACAAGAUCAUGAACUCCAUGCUCAUUUUACUUGGAUUUUUCUUAGUGCUUAAUUGUCAUUUAAUUAAUGCUAAGCUUACUAAAAUUAAACAAAAAACAAAACAUGAUAAGUCUCUUAGCUUCUUGGUUGUUGGUGAUUGGGGAAGACAUGGUGGCUUCAAUCAAUCUCUUGUUGCUACUCAGAUGGGGAAAGUGGGAGAGAAAUUGGAAGUGGAAUUUAUAAUAUCAACAGGAGACAAUUUCUAUGAUAAUGGACUAACUGGAGUUAAUGAUCCUGCUUUUCAACAAUCAUUUACCAAUAUCUAUAAAGCCCCUAGCUUACAAAAGCCUUGGUACACUGUGCUUGGGAACCAUGACUAUAGGGGAGAUGUUCUUGCGCAAUUGAGCCCUGUCUUGAGGACAAAAGACAGCCGAUGGAUUUGCUUAAGAUCUUUUAUUGUCAAUGCUGAUUUUCUGGACUUGUUUUUUGUGGAUACUACUCCAUUUCAAGAUAAAUACUUUGUUGAAACAGAUCAUACCUAUGAUUGGAGAGGUGUAUUACCUCGACAAAGAUAUCUUUCUAAUAUUUUGAAGGAUGUGAAUGAGGCGUUGAAGAAGUCAAAGGCCAGGUGGAAGUUUGUAAUUGGACAUCAUCCUAUAAUGAGUGCUGGACAUCAUGGUAACACUGAUGAACUUGUGUCUCAACUUCUCCCCAUACUCAAGGCAAAUAACGUUGAUUUCUACAUCAAUGGUCACGAUCACUGCUUGGAACGCAUUAUUAGCCCAGACAGUUCACUUGAGUUUCUAACUAGUGGAGGAGGCUCAAAAGCAUGGAGGGGUGAAAUAAAGCAAUGGGCUCAAGAAGAAUUGAAGUUAUACUAUGAUGGUCAAGGUUUUAUGUCUUUGCAAGUCACUAAAUCUAAAUUGGAUGUUGCAUUUUAUGACAUUUAUGGGAAAAUAUUGCACAAAUGGAGCAAAACCAAACCAGGCUACUACACAUAUUAGUCAUUUGUUUGAGCUUAUGUGAAUGCAAAUUUGCACUAAUAUAUGCUUACUAUUUGAACAUUACUCUAAUUGAGAUUGAGAACCAAAGUACAUAUAUAUAGACUUAAAUGAAUAAAGUUAUUUAUAAAUAUAUAUAGACUUAAAUGAAUAAAAUUAUUUAUAAUUGAUGUAUCCCCAAACGAUGCCUAAAAGAGGGUGCUAAACUAUGUAUGUAUUACUAUUACUAUCAUUAUUAUUAUUUUAUUGUUGUUGUUGCUGCUGCUGCUGUAAUUAUAGUAGUAAAAA